AUGCCUGGCAUGAUGUCAUUGUGGUGCAUGCACUUUGCGCACAUGCAAGAAGAUCCCCCGGGGCAGAUGCAGGAGUCCCUCGCUAAAAGCCAGGGAAGUGGGCGAGGCGGGCGGCGCUCUCCGCACCGCACGUGCUCUCAGGCACUAUCAACGUGCUGCUGGCGGUCUCGGGCGUCUUCCCGGGCUGCUGCUGCUGCUGCGGCGGGCCAACCUGCCGAACGCCCCCGGGAGCGCCGCCCCUUCUCCCCUUGUCCCCGACCCUCCCCUUUCCUCGCCACGUGGCCGCCGCCCAUCGGAGCAGCUGCGCGGCUCGGGGGCGCCCUCCAGCGUCGGCGGGAGAGCGCGCAGGACAGCGGCGUGGCCAGCAUGGGGAAGGCGAGGAGGUCCCCCGCCGCCGCCGCCGCGGCGACGCGGAAAGGCCCCCAGUCCGGGGGGAAGAAGCAGCCGGCGGAUCGGCCCCCCAAGGGCAGGGGCUCGCCGCGCCAGAGAGCCCGCGGCGCCGAGUCGCCAGGGCCGGAGGAGGAGGAGGAGGAGGCGCGGCAGCCGCAGCCGCAGGCGGGCGCCCUGGCCCUGGGCGCGCAGCAGGAGCGCUGGCUCCAGUUCUUGAAGCGCCAGCGGCUGAGCGGCGAGGAGGCGGCCAAGCUCUUGCUGGACACCUUCGAGUACCAGGGGCUGGUGAAGCACACCGGGGGCUGUCACUGUGGAAGUGUCCGCUUCGAGGUCUGGGCCUCGGCCGACCUGCACGUCUUCGACUGCAAUUGCAGCAUCUGCAUUAAGAAGCAAAACCGGCAUUUCAUUGUCCCCGCCUCACGUUUCAAGCUCCUGAAGGGUGCUGACAACCUGGCUACCUACAGCUUCAACACCCACUGUGCCAAACACACCUUCUGCAAGACCUGCGGCAUCCAGAGCUUCUACACGCCCCGCUCCAAUCCCGAUGGCUACGGAAUAGCGCCGCACUGCUUGGACGAAGGCACGGUGCGCAGCGUCACCAUGGAGGCGAUCAACGGCAAGGAGUGGGAGAAAGCCAUCAAGGCGCAUCCUACAAUCAAGAGCCUGUCAAAACCGUAACUGUGCCGAUCCCAGAAACAUAGAUGCCCAGAACUGCUCAGUAAGAAAUCCCUGUUCCCACCGUUUAGAAAAUAAAGGUUGUAUUUUUGCUAAAUAAUA